CGGCGGAGCACGCGUGUGUGCGGACGCAGUUGCGUGCGGGAUUUCUGCCAUCCUCAGUGCAGUGGAGCAAAGCUUGUUCCUCUCCCGCUCUCUUGCGCAGGUUGACUUGACCAAAGCAAUGGUGAUGGAGAAGCCUAGUCCCCUGCUGGUCGGGCGGGAAUUUGUGAGACAGUAUUAUACGCUGCUGAACCAGGCCCCAGACAUGCUACAUAGGGCUCUGUUGCAAAUAAGUUCUACGUUCACAAUGAUAUCUUCAGAUACCAAGAUGAGGUCUUUGGUGGCUUUGUCACUGAGCCUCAGGAGGGAAAUCCAUAGGAAAGUGAUGUCACAAAACUUCACCAACUGCCACACCAAGAUUCGCCAUGUUGAUGCUCAUGCCACUCUGAAUGAUGGUGUGGUGGUCCAGGUGAUGGGGCUUCUCUCGAAUAACAACCAGGCUUUGAGGAGAUUCAUGCAGACAUUUGUCCUUGCUCCUGAGACUUUUUCUUGGGCAUCUGUGACCAGUAAGAACCUUCCACCCAGUGGAGCUGUUCCGGUUACUGGGAUACCACCUCAUGUUGUUAAAGUACCAGCUUCACAGCCUCGUCCGGAGUCUAAGCCUGAAUCUCAGAUUCCACCACAGAGACCUCAGAGGGAUCAAAGAGUUCGAGAACAACGAAUAAAUAUUCCUCCCCAGAGAGGCCCCAGGCCAAUUCGUGAGGCUGGUGAGCAAGGUGAUGUUGAACCCCGAAGAAUUGUGAGACACCCUGACAGUCACCAACUCUUCAUUGGCAACCUGCCUCAUGAGGUGGACAAAUCAGAGCUUAAAGAUUUCUUUCAAAGUUAUGGGAAUGUGGUGGAGCUGCGCAUUAACAGUGGUGGGAAAUUACCCAAUUUUGGUUUUGUUGUGUUCGAUGAUUCUGAGCCUGUUCAGAAGGUCCUUAGCAACAGGCCCAUCAUGUUCAGAGGUGAGGUCCGUCUGAAUGUGGAAGAGAAGAAGACUCGAGCUGCCAGGGAAGGGGACCGUCGAGAUAACCGCCUGCGGGGACCUGGAGGCCCUCGAGGUGGGCUGGGUGGUGGCAUGAGAGGCCCUCCCCGUGGAGGCAUGGUGCAGAAACCAGGAUUCGGAGUGGGAAGGGGGAUUGCUCCAAGGCAGUGAAUUGCCCUUCACUGAUCUUCACGCCGCAGUUCACACCCUAACUCCUGCAGAAUGGUGAAUUUCUUCAGCCAGCCUUUGGUAUCUCGGAGUAUGAUCCUAGUCUGUUAUAAACUGCUUAAGUUUGUACAGUUUUACUUCUUUUUGCGUUCAUGGUGUGUGCUCCCUCCCUGUCCUUUCCCUCUCCUGACCUUUAGUCCUUCAUUUCCAAUUUUGUGGAAUGAUAUUUUAGGAGUAACGGAUUUUUAAAGAAGAAGAAAAGACUGAAUUUCCUUGCUUACUUUGCAUAUACAGACUGGAUUUUUUUUAACAGCCAUUUCCCCAAAGGAAUGUCUCGCUUAUUACUGACAUUUGGUAUGUUUCAUUCAUUGGAAUAUUUCUUACUUAUUUUCUACGCGUUUCAAAAACCUGUGAGAAAUACAGGAUUUGAUAAACAUUUUGAAGGCAGGAGAAAGCCCAAAUUGUUUCUUCUUUGAGAGUCAUGACUACCUUCUGGUGUGGAGAAAUUGCCAUUGGAAAAUUUGACAAUUUUGAUGUUCACUGGUAUGGUUAAAAACUGAAUAAAAGGUGUUAAUAGAGUUUUUUCUUUUGAUAUUUGAUCACAAAACAAUUCUAAAACCUGUUUUUACCAUUAAAAUUUAAAUUGUGAGAUAGGUUUUAAAUGUCUAGACUGCAACUGAUAUGCUUUUCAUGAACUGUUAGAUUUUUUUUUGAAGUAGAGUUUUUUCAUGUUUAAUUUGUAUUUGUAAAAAAACAAAAAACAAAAAAAUCCCCCAAAUGCAAAUAACAAAAAAACAGAGCAAAACUGUUGUGCCUUCUAUUUAUCUUUGAUUCCAGUCUUGGCAAUUGCUUAAAGAAAAAUAAUAAAAAAAUCUAGAUUUGUUUUAUAAGGUUCACAGUAUGGGAGGAAUUGUAGAAUCCCUCUUUCAUCACCUUGUAUGUCUUCUGUUAAUAUUUGUUAUGCCUUAUUCUAAGAUUGAGUCUCAAACUGGAAUGCCUUUGAAGACAGAUGCUUCUAUAGAGGUCCUUUGACAUAAAUAGUUCAGCAUUUGUAUUUUUAUUUUGGUAUCUAAGCAGAUUCCUAAUCAUAACCCAUAAGAAGAAAUGUGACAUUAAUAUUGGACUUUGCUGAUGUGCUCAAGUAUCUGCAAUUUUCUUUCUUUAAAUCAUAGCCACAUGGUAAAUUUUCUAUUUUGUUAUGGUUCUUUUUUUUUUUGAUGGGCAUGCAGUGGGUGCUUCUUGGAAAUGGCCAAUUUUUAUUAAAAUGUUUCUGGAAGAAAAUUUAAUCUGGUAAUAUAGACUA